AUGUGUACCAUUGGUGAAGAAAGUGUAAACGCCCGCAACAAGAUGUGCUGGUGCUUCGAAGAGAUCUCGCUGAUGAUCCUGCUGCAGCGCAUUCUGAUGUAUCUGUGGUACCGGCUACUGCUGAAGAUGUUUCCCCGGCUAAGUGUGCUGCCAAACUGUGACCACGGGUUUCAUCCACGCCAGCUGCCGUGCGGUCAGCUGGCGGACGAGUACUGGAAGGCCUCACGCUUCUCGCGGACCCCACAACGCAAGCAGCUGUGCUACGAGGAACCACACAAGCUGGCACCCAUUAUGUCGUCCUCUUGCUGCCAACACGUCGAAGAAUCAGCCUGCGGCAAAGCCGACCUUGUGAAGGAAGAGAUGCUGGACGAGUUAAACGAGCGGUUCAACUUUGAUUGCAGCGACUUUAGCCACGUUUAUCAGAGCACGUUUCUGGAGGAAAACGACGAUUGCUUCCUGCCGAGUGAUAUCUCGUGGGAUAUUCCGGUGCCGGACCAGAAACAGCACCUCAAGGAUCCGCUGGACGCACUGCUGCUGCUGAAUGACUACUACAUCGACGAUGAUCUGAACGAUCAUUUGUACGCGGCAGAGUACUGCGACACGGCCAUCGAAGCCGGGUUGUACGGCGAAGCAUGGAUGUGA